AUGAAGUUCCUCGUCUUCGCCACUCUCGCCGCCUCGGCCAUCGCCUACCCCAUCACCGGCAGCGUUGUCAACUGCCGCUCCGGCCCGGGCACCAGCUACGCCGUUAAGAAGUCGUACAACAAGGGCGCCGACGUCACGAUCAGCUGCCAGACCACCGGCACCUCUGUGAACGGCAACAGCAUCUGGGAUAAGACCCAGGAUGGCUGCUACGUUGCCGACUACUACGUCAAGACUGGCACCAACGGCUAUGUCACCAAGAAGUGCGGUGGCACCUCGACCUGCGCUGCGCCCAAGUCCAACUCGGCCACUGUCGACCUGAUCGCCAAGUCUGAGGGCUUCCGUGCCAACGUCUACAACGACCCUGCGGGCCACCCCACCGUCGGCUAUGGCCAUCUCUGCACCAAGGCCAAGUGCGCCGAGAUCAAGUACAAGAUCCCGCUGUCCACCACCGACGGCAAGAAGCUGCUGGCCGAUGACAUGAAGAAAUUCGAAAAGUGCAUCACGGCCAUGCUCAACAGCAAGGCCAAGCUCAACCUCAACCAGUACGGCGCGCUGGUCAGCUGGUCCUUCAACGUCGGCUGCGGCGCCGCCCAGGGCUCGCAGCUCGUCAAGCGUCUCAACAAGGGCGAGAACGUCAACACCGUCCUCAGCAACGAGCUCCCCAAGUGGGUCAACGCCGGCGGCAAGAAGCUGCCCGGCCUCGUCACCCGCCGCAACAACGAGAUCGCCCUGGCCAAGAAGUCCGGCUCGGGCGCCGCUCUGCCGGUCAAGUGCUAA